GCAUAACGUAUAAAUUACACACAAAACAUCAACGAGCUCGAUCGUAGGUGGCAUUUGUUUUAUAAUUUUCCAAGUAAAUUAUAAUAAUUUAAACAUCCAAGACCUUUUUCCCUCCGCUCACUCAUUCAUAAGUAAGAUGAGUCAUCUUUCUUCAGCUCCCGAUGAUGCGGCCACAACAUCAUCACCAGAGCUCAAGGACAACACGGUUGUCCCUGCCGCUCUGAGUCCGCAUUUUUCCAGCGGGUCAACGCAUAAACAAGCGGCCGCAAUGGAGCCCUCUCCCACGGCGAUGCGGUGCAGGGUCGGCCUGGCCGUGACCGGUAUCUCGCUCGGUGUGCUGGUCCUUCUCGUGUUUUUGGCCGUGGCGGAUUUCAGGAAUUAUCACAUCGCGUGUUGGGGAUUGGCAAGUGGAAUCUUUGCUGUUUUUACCCUUAUCGUCCACAUUCAGCAUCUGAAGGGAAACCAUGACGACUGGUUGAAUCGUCUGAAACUGCCCAUCAUUCUUGGAUUCUUUGUACAACUCGGAACGAUACCUGCAUUCAUCACCUACAUUGUCUUAGCAAUCGUACAAAACCAAUCUGUUAUGCCACUGAACGGACCUCACCAUGGUUACUACGUCACAGCUGUUUGGGUAUUCAUGACUUGGAAAUGGUCUUUCGCGCUCUUCUGGUAUUCAAAAAGCUACCGACGAUUUUACAUCACUAAAUAUGUGUCCAUUCCCUGAAAAAAAA